ACUCUUCCAUUCCUCCUCUGUCCAAUCUCUGGAUAUUUUCUGAGCUCACAAACACCUCCAUUUCUUUCUCUGCUCUGUUCUUCAAGAAAAGGUUUUGCCUUUUCUCCAUAGAAAUGAAGACAAAAUGUGGUUUAUAGCCUAGCUAGCUGAAAACAAACCGUCCUUUCAGAAUUUAUACAAACAGUCCUCUCUCUCUCGCUCUCUCUCUGUUUUCUAAACAGUAUCUGUGUGGUUGCCAAAAAAUCACUGUGGAAGAGAGAAAAGCAGUGCAAGAUUACAAAUUAGAUUCAGAAGUUGCAUAUUAUACAAGGAAACGUGCAACUAUAUAGAGCCCAGGAUUCUUGUGAGUCUUCUGAAAACUUGGACCGUAAAUGGGAAACCAAUUUUUUUUUUUUCCCAAGCGAAAUACAAUUAUGCACCUAAGCAUGACGGACCUAAUCUAGAAUAUGCGAACUAGACAAGUUGUUUGUUAGAUAUUUUGUGCAUCACAUUCCUGGUGCUUUCUUGAAGUACAUUUCGGUGGCAUAUUGACGGCGACUGCUCAAGUUUUUGUCAAAAAGGAAUUCCAUAUCUUUAGUUCCUUGUCUUUGAUUGGUGCAAAAUGGUUACAAAUGCCACAGUUGCAAGUGCAUGCCCAGCACCCAUGAAAGCAACAUCCAAUGGGGUCUUUCAGGGUGAUAAUCCUCUGGAUUUUGCGCUCCCUCUUGCCAUCUUACAGAUAUGUCUUGUGGUUGCACUUACACGGAUUCUUGCUUAUCUUCUCCGGCCACUAAGACAGCCUCGUGUUAUUGCAGAGAUUGUGGGAGGAAUAUUACUUGGCCCCUCAGCUCUUGGUCACAGCAAAAAUUACCUGGAUACAAUUUUUCCAAAAAGAAGUCUCACGGUGUUAGAUACUUUAGCCAAUCUUGGUCUUCUCUUCUUUCUUUUCCUGGUAGGCUUGGAGUUAGAUCCUAAGUCCAUCCGCCGGACUGGAAAGAAGGCUCUAUGCAUAGCUGCUGCAGGAAUUACUCUACCUUUUGUAUUAGGAAUUGGUACAUCAUUUGCCCUCCGAGCAACUAUAUCUAAAGGUGUAGAUGGACCCCCAUUUCUUGUUUUCAUGGGAGUGGCUCUUUCUAUAACUGCCUUCCCUGUUUUGGCUCGUAUUCUGGCUGAGCUGAAGCUUUUAACCACUGAUGUUGGCCGAAUGGCCAUGUCAGCAGCAGCAGUCAAUGAUGUGGCUGCAUGGGUUCUGCUUGCUCUUGCCAUUUCCCUCUCCGGCACUGGCCGUUCUCCCCUGGUUUCACUAUGGGUUUUCUUGUGUGGGUGUGGUUUUGUUCUCGGUUGUGUAUUUUUUGUUCGACCUAUCUUUAAAUGGAUGGCACAGCGCUGUCCUGAGGGUGAACCAGUAGAAGAAUUGUAUGUGUGUGCUACUUUAGUUGCAGUUUUGGCAGCUGGGUUUGUCACUGAUACUAUUGGAAUUCAUGCUCUAUUUGGUGCAUUUGUGCUUGGAAUUCUUGUUCCAAAAGAAGGACCAUUUGCAGGCGCUCUUGUUGAAAAAGUUGAGGAUCUUGUAUCUGGUCUAUUCCUCCCAUUAUACUUUGUCUCAAGUGGAUUGAAGACCGAUGUAGCUACAAUUCGUGGAGCUCAGUCAUGGGGCCUCCUAGUCUUGGUCAUUUCAACGGCCUGUUUUGGGAAGAUCAUUGGGACUAUAGGUGUUUCCCUCCUCUGCAGAAUGCCCUUUCAAGAGGCUCUGGCUCUGGGAUUUCUCAUGAAUACAAAAGGGUUGGUGGAGCUCAUUGUCCUUAACAUUGGCAAAGACAGAAAGGUUUUGAAUGAUCAAACAUUUGCUAUUAUGGUUCUCAUGGCUAUCUUCACAACCUUCAUUACAACACCUAUAGUAAUGGCAGUAUACAAGCCAGCUAAAAGAAAGAGCAAUUCAAAUUACAAGUACAGAACUAUUGAAAGGAAAGACCCAAGUACUCAGCUCCGAAUUUUGACCUGUUUCUACAGUACAAGGAACCUCCCCACAAUGAUUAAUCUCAUUGAGGCUUCUCGUGGGACUGAAAAGAGGGAACGGCUUUGUGUGUAUGCAAUGCAUCUUAUGGAGCUUGACGAGAGAUCUUCUGCAAUUGUGAUGGUUCACAAAGCGAGAAGAAAUGGGCUACCCUUUUGGAAUAAGGGGUCAGAUAACAAUCAAGUUGUUGUGGCUUUUGAAACCUUUGAGCAGCUGAGUCGGGUGGCUAUCCGCCCAAUGACAGCAAUCUCUUCCAUCCCUAGCAUGCAUGAAGAUAUCUGUGCAAGUGCUGAAAGGGAAAGGGCAGCAAUGAUUAUUAUCCCAUUCCACAAGCACCAGAGGUUGGAUGGGGCAUUGGAGACAACUCGAACUGAAUACAGAGGGGUCAACCGGAGGGUUCUUGAGAACGCACCAUGCUCAGUUGGGAUUAUGGUGGACCGUGGUCUUGGUGGAACCACUCAUAUAUCUGCCAGCAAUGUUUCUUCAACCAUAGUUGUCCUAUUCUUUGGGGGUAGUGAUGAUCGUGAGGCCCUUGCUUACGGUAUGCGAAUGGCUGAACACCCAGGUAACAAUUUAACUAUUGUUCACUUCUUAGCAAGUCCUGAACUUGAGAAGGAGAUUGUCAGAGUAGAUAUAAACGAUGGCUCUAAUGCUUCAGCCGGGCCAGGGAAUGAGAAGCUCAUUUCUGAGCUGAAGCAGAAGAUUUCAAAUGACGGCUCAAUCAAAUAUGAGGAGAGAACAGUGAGAAAUGCUGCAGAAACUACUGAUUUGAUUCGCGAGUUUAAUCGUUGUAAUCUGUUUUUGGUUGGUCGACGGCCUGAGGGUCAAGUAGCUGCUGCUUUGAAUGUGAAUUUGAAGGUAAAGAGUGACUGUCCUGAACUGGGGCCUGUAGGUAGCUUGCUAACCUCUCCAGAUUUCACAACUGCAGCAUCAGUCUUGGUAGUGCAGCAGUAUCAUGGCCUGGCAGUGCUUCUGGGCCCAGUUUCUUCAUCGAAGGUGGUUGUGUUGCCUGAGGAAGAAUCAGAAACCAGCUGAUAACUUCUUCCUAGCCUGUUUGGAUUCAUUGUACAGAUUAUGAUAAAAAUUAAGUUUAGAUAAAUGUCUAUCCUUAGAUCCAUUUAAGAUUGUUGCUUCUCAAAGAUCACAAGUUUUAAUUAUCAAUUGCCACAGUUUAUGCUUAUGGAUCU